GAAACCUAAGCCAGCUGACGUGGAAGCAGUUCUCUCUUUCAGGACAAAAAUAAGACGCAUUUCGGAACAGAUUGUCGGAUAGACAGGAACAACAAUAACUAUAAGGAAUGGCCUCUUCUAACACUUCCUGGUCUGAGGAGAACUUUACAUGUUCCAUCUGUCUGGAUGUCUUCAGCAGACCAGUUUCCACCCCAUGUGGACACAACUUCUGCAGAAUCUGUAUUACAAAAUUCUGGGAUGAACAACUCCAGUACAAAUGUCCUGUUUGCAACGAGCUUUUCCACACUAGACCUGAUCUACGGGUCAAUACCCUCUUAUCAGAGCUGGCAGCUCAGUUUAGAACGACCGAACAAGUAGAAGAGCAGCCUUGUGUUGAACCAGCAGGAGUUGCCUGUGACGUCUGUACUGGGACCCAGCUGAAGGCCGUGAAGUCCUGCCUAGUGUGUCUCAUCUCUUACUGCCAAACCCACCUGGAGCCACAUCAGAGAGUCGCAGGCCUGAAGAAACAUCGGCUGGUUGAGCCUAUGGACCGUCUGGAAGAAAGGAUUUGUACGAAACACAAUCAACUUCUGGAGCUCUUCUGCCAGACUGAACAGGUGUCUGUCUGUCAGUUCUGCACAGAGACAGACCACAGGUCCCAUACUAUUGUACCUCUAAAGGAGGAAUAUGAAGUGAAGAAGGCCCAGCUGGGGAAGAUGGAGGCUGAAGUUCCGCAGAUGAUCCGGGGGAGAAAACUAAAGAUUAAGGAGAUCGAAGACACAGGAGACAUGAGCAAGGACGAUGCAGACAGAGAGAUAGCUGAUGCUGGGCAGGUCUUCAAUGCUCUGAUAUGCUGUGUUGAAAAGUGCCGGGAUGAUUUCAACCAAACGGUAAAUGGGAAACUGAAAUCCACAGAAAAAGAAUCUGAAGAAUUCAUCAAAGAGCUGGAGCAGGACAUAGAAGAUCUGAACCAAAGAAGCACAGAGCUGAAGCUCUCACACACUAACGACCACCUCCACUUCCUCCAGGCCUUCAAAUCCCUGAAGGAUCCUCCACCCACCAGGGACUGGACGAUGGUGGAGGUACGUCCUCCGUCAUACGUAGGGACUUUGAGGAGAUCCCUUGAUCAGCUGGAGGAGACACUGAACAUGGAGAUGAAGAAGCUGCGUGGUGCUGAACUAAAGGGGGUCCAGCAGUAUGAAGUAGCUGCAAGUCUGGAUCCUGAUACAGCUCAUCCCGCACUCAUCCGGUCUGAGGAUGGGAAACUAAAUGAUGGAGAUGUGGUGAAGAAACUCCCAGCCAUCCCUAAGAGCGUUAUCCAUGUUCAGCCUGACCUGAAAACAGGUGUAAGGAAGUAUUCCUGUGAACUCACACUGGACCCGAACACAGCCCACAGACAUCUCUCUCUGUCUGAGGACGACAGAGGGGUGACACAGGAAGGAUGCAAUCAGGGGUAUCCUGGUCACCCAGAAAGAUUUAACUACUACAGACAGGUGUUGUGUAGAGAGGGUCUGACUGGCCGCUGCUACUGGGAGGUAGAGUGGGAAGGAAGGGUGGAGAUAGGAGUGACAUACAGAGGAAUCCAAAGGAAAGGAAGAGGGGAAGACGCUGAAAUUGGACAGUACACACAUUCUUGGAGUCUUCUAUUUGAUGGUACCUGUUACAACGAGAAUCAAGAAGAAUGGUCUCCCCUCCCGUGUAGAAUAGGAGUGUACCUGCACCAAUCUGCUGGCGUUCUGUCCUUCUACAGUGUGUCCUCAGAUUACGGCGAGCCCUCAGGAAAACUGACACACAUCUACACCUUUCAUUCCACAUUCACUCAGGAGCUCUACCCUGGGUUUCUGUUACAUGAUGUUUUUUCCAGAGUGUCUCUUUGUCAGUUGUAGUCUCCUCUCUCCCACCCUCCCUCAUUGAUUGCAUGGCAGGGGUGAUCUCUACAGAGUGGUGAGGUGUUGAAUGGUGAUAAUCUACAGUCAUGUGAAGUCGUUUUUUUACUGCAGGUCUAGGCAGGGUCUUGUGGUCUUUGUAGCUGGGCAGCAUUUCUAAUAGGUCACAAUGACAGAGGUGACCAAAGUCUCACCGAAGCACCGUGUUAAGGUUUUGCAGAUGUUUCAGUGUUCACUUGAAGCGUGUGUGUUGUAUGUUGCUGAGGUCGUGGGCCAUGGUUGAGUGCAUUCUGUCCAAAACAUGGAAGGAGUGAAAAUCGUAGACUAUUUUGGAAAACAAAGAAAAUAAGUAAAAAGAUAUUUUUUUCUUAAUUUUUGUUUCUGUUCUUUGAUGAACAUGGUUCCAGGCUGUCACCCCCCCCCCCUUAUUAGAUUUGCUGUCAUUUGCAGAUGGCUUUGCAUAGGCAAAACAUAGAGUUGUCUCUUUAACAGUAUGUGAGACACUUUCUGUUAAUACCAUCUUUCGUCUCAUAGAUGCCAACACCUUUUCUGGGGGGUUGUUGAGGGUGGAAGUUAAAAACUGGCAAAAACUUUGGAGGCUGGGCGUGCAAAAGAAGUAAAUCCCUCAUCCUCGUCUGGGUGUAUAGCUAGCUCAGCUUCCCCUUUGCAGGACCCUGACUCUGCCUGGGUUGACGACAGAGCUACAUCUGCAAUAGUGGAUAUUCUUUUAAUUUAUGUUUUUUAUUAUUUCGAACAUAAUCUUGGGUUUUUAUUUAUAUUCAGUCACACUUGUGACUGAGAGUGGUGAGAGAGCUUCGAGAGGCUGGUGAAGGACCACAUCACCUCCAAGCUCCCACCAUCACUCGAGCCAUUCCAGUUUGCGUACCAAAACCGAACCGCUCUACAGAGGAUGCCAUCUCCUCUGCCUUCCACCUGAGUCUGGAGCACCUGGAGGAUAAAAACACCCACGUGCGGACUUCAGCUCAGCCAGCGUUCAACACGAUCAUCCCCUAGAAUCUGGGGUGCAAACUGGGUCACUUGGGCCUCGGACACCGGUUCCCCCAAGGGCUGUGUUCUCAGCCCCCUGCUGUUCACCCUGAUGACCCACGACUGUCGUCCCAGAUUCAGCUCCAACCACCUCUUGAAGUAUGCGGACGACACACCUGUUGUGGGCCUCGUCCAGGAUGACAAUGGACUGGCCUACAGGGACGAGGUGAAACAUCUGGUGGACUGGUUCAAAGUCAACAACCUGGAAACCUGGUUGUUGGAAACCUGGUCCAUCCUCUCUGUAGCAAUUUGGGUCCAGAAAGUUUGACAAUGGAAGGCAAUCAAGGCUCUGCAGUGGAAUCUUUUGAAAUUAACCAUACAUGUAACCCCUCUUUACACUACACUAAAGUGGUCUCUUAUAACUAUGUAAGUCGCUUUGGAUAAAAACGUUGGCCAAAUGCCCUAAAUGUAAGUGCAAUGUAAAUAUCUGUGCCCCUUAUCUCAAACUAGUUUACUUAGAUCAUUCAUCGCCAUAGUCAUGCGAUUCUUAUCAGCCUAUUUGUUUGUUGUACUAGACUCAAGCUUUUG